AUGCUGCAGGAUAAGGGCCUAUCGGAGAGCGAGGAGGCCUUCCGGGCCUCGGGCUCCGCGCUCGGCGAGACCAGCGCAGCCAACGCCGCCAGCGUCCCCGAGCCCGCGCUGGCCGCGCCAGGCCUCGGCGGAGCCCCGCUCGGCAGCCCCCCGGGCACUGGCGCCGACGUCGCCACCGCUGCCGCCGCUGAGCAGACCAUCGAGAACAUCAAGGUGGGCCUGCAUGAGAAGGAGCUCUGGAAGAAGUUCCACGAGGCGGGCACCGAGAUGAUCAUCACCAAGGCGGGCAGGAGGAUGUUCCCCAGCUACAAGGUCAAAGUCACAGGCAUGAAUCCCAAGACCAAGUACAUCCUGCUGAUCGACAUUGUCCCCGCGGAUGACCACCGCUACAAGUUCUGUGACAACAAAUGGAUGGUGGCAGGGAAGGCCGAGCCAGCCAUGCCAGGAAGGCUCUACGUCCACCCAGAUUCUCCUGCCACUGGGGCCCACUGGAUGCGGCAGCUGGUCUCCUUCCAGAAGCUGAAGCUGACGAACAACCACCUGGACCCCUUCGGCCAUAUCAUCCUCAACUCCAUGCACAAGUACCAGCCGCGGCUCCACAUCGUGAAGGCAGAUGAGAACAAUGCUUUUGGUUCCAAAAACACAGCCUUCUGCACCCACGUGUUCCCAGAGACUUCUUUCAUCUCCGUGACCUCCUACCAGAACCACAAGAUCACGCAGCUGAAAAUUGAGAACAACCCUGCCAAGGGAUUCCGGGGCAGUGAUGACAGCGACCUGCGUGUGGCCCGGCUGCAGAGCAAAGAAUAUCCUGUGAUCUCCAAAAGCAUCAUGCGGCAGAGGCUCGUCUCCACGCAGCUCUCGUCCAAGCCUGACGUCAGCCCCCUGCAUGGGGCUCACCAGGCGCUCCAGCACUACCAGUACGAGAACGGGGCUCACAUGCAGUUCGCCGCUGAGCCACAGGACCUUCCCCUCAACACCUUUCCCGCCCAGAGGGACUCCAGCCUCUUCUAUCACUGCCUGAAAAGACGAGACAGUGCCCGCCACCUGGACUUACCCUGCAAGCGAUCCUAUCUGGAAGCCCCCUCCACGGUGGCGGAGGAUCAUUAUUUCCGCUCGCCCCCUCCCUACGACCAACAGAUGCUGAGCCCCUCCUACUGCAGCGAGGUGACCCCCCGCGACGCCUGCAUGUACUCGGGUUCAGGGCCCGAGAUCGCCGGGGUGUCCGGGGUGGACGACUUGCCCCCGCCCCCGCUGAGCUGUAACAUGUGGACGUCCGUGUCGCCGUACACGAGCUACGGCGUUCAGACCAUGGAGACUGUGCCUUACCAGUCCUUCCCCACGCACUUCACCGCCACCACUAUGAUGCCCCGGCUGCCCACCAUCUCGGCGCAGAGCUCGCAGCCGCCGGGGAACGCGCACUUCAGCGUCUACAAUCAGCUCUCCCAGUCUCAGGUCCGAGAGCGGGGGCCCAGCGCCUCCUUCCCGAGGGAGAGGGGCCUCCCCGCCGCCGUGUGCGAGAGGAAGCCGCCCUCGCCGCACCUGAAUGCUGCCAACGAGUUCCUCUACUCGCAGAGCUUCUCCCUGUCCCGGGAAGCCUCCCUACAGUACCAUUCAGGCAUGGGGACUGUGGAGAACUGGACCGACGGAUGA